AUGAAUAUAUCUUCCAGCAAUGAUUCUGUACAUCAAUCUAUUCGUUCAUUUUAAUAUUCUUCUGAAGGAUCAAGAUUUUCAUCUUCUUUAAUAUAAAAGUUCUCAUACAAUCCAAAUGGUGCUCCCUAUCCUGUGAAUGAUUUAAAAAUAUUAUUAUUAUUAUCAUUAUUCUACUAGAUAAAAUUUUAAUUAUUAAUUCUAGGCUGUUGUUCUUGUAUUUGUCCUUUAAAAUAAUUGAAUACAAUAUGUUCAUCAUCCUAAGAAUGUUCAUUGAGAGGUCCUUUUUUAAGCUUAAGAAAAGAUUGCAUUGAUUACUUCAAGAUUUAUAUAAUGAAAAAUAUAGUAUUAAUAUAAAAUAUAUAUAUAUAAUUAAAAGUGAUUCAUAUAAUUAAAUUAUUAAAUUAUUAUUUUGAACUUAAAUUUCCCAAUUAUUUAACAUUUACUACAAUUACGAUUUCAAAUAAACUUGGCCAACCCAGUAUUGAUGAAUCAUUUGAAGUUAGAGAUAACAACAUAUUUGUUAGUAGAAUUACUCAUUUAUUUUAAGAAAAAUCAAUAUUUAGAGAUACAAUUAUUAAAGAGUAUGAAAAGAUUAAUUUUGAGGAUUGUUUUAAUUAUGUUUAUUUUUGUGUCGAUGGUUGUUUUUAUGUUAUUAGAGAACUUGUUUAGGUUGCUAUUUUGGAUGGAUAUAUUAAAAAUAUACUUUUACAUGAUAAAGAGUCUCUCUAAUAAAUAUAUAAAGUUAAAAUACUAUUGUUUUAUCUGAACCUAUUUGUUUUGAUUAUAUUGAAGAAUGUUAAAAAAUGCUUAUAGGGAAGUUUUAUUUUAUGUAUAAUGUUUAUAAAUAAUGGCCAAAGUAAGUAAGAUUGAUAUAAUUAAAAGAAAAGUUGAUAUGAAAAAGAAAGAAAGAAAAAGCAGUUCUUAAAUUAAUACUUCACGUCUUAGGAUUUAUUUAUCUAUUGGAAUUAAAUGCUUCUCAUGA